AUGGGCAUCUCUUCUGCUGACAAAGAAAGAAUCGAGCAAUUGCGUCAACUUGUUAAAGAUCAGAUAACACCCUAUUACGACACUGAUUUCAAUUUAUUGAGAUGGCUAAAGGGUCAUGAUUAUGAUCUUAAGAUUAUCUUGCCUAAGCUUAUUAAUCACCUCAAGCUUCGUACAUCCGAUUGGCAAUUAGAUAAGGUAGCUGACGCUCCACGUAACCACAAAGUUCAUGAUCAUUGGAAGUCUGGACUAACAGGUCCUUCCGUUCUCACACCCAAUACCAUUGUUAACAUUGAGCAAUCAGGAAAUAAUGACUAUUGGGGUUUAUUGAAAACUUAUCCAAUUAAUGAUAUUCUGAGAGCUCGUGUGUACGACUUGGAAAGUAUGCUUCGAUCAGUGAUGGAAAUGGAAAAACAAACAGGAGAACAAUGCUCUAUACUGUACAUUAUGGAUUUGUCUGGAAUAGUUAUGGAUCGUCAUACUAUUACCUUGAUGACAGGUGGACUAUCAGCAAUCUCAGCUUUCAUGUCAGAGCAUUAUGUGGAGAUGGUUCAUUCCUUCGUUCUUGUCAACGUUCCAACAUUCAUCUCUGCAAUCUGGUCUAUCGCGAAACCAUUGUUACCUGAGAAAACUCGUUUGAAAGUAAACAUUCUCGGCGGAAACUGGCGUGAAGAAGUCCAAAAAUUGGCUGAUCCAAAUACGCUGCCAUCAUACUGGAAUUUGGAAGGAAAUGAUGGGCCUUUCAAAGCAAAUGUUGAAAUUGGUUUACAAUUUCCUGAAACAGGCUAUUACUCUGGUGGAAUAUCGAAAGGAUCUGAAGUGUUGUCUGUAUCUGCUGGUAAAACUGGAUACGUAGAUAUGAUCGUUAAGAAGAAUUCAAAACUGCGUUGGGAAGUACACGCCAGCGGUCAUUUUGCUUUCUGUAUCUACAAGUUGGAUAAGAGCGUGGGUGAUGACUAUACAAAAAUGGAAAGAGCAUAUCCAUUGUUCAGCAAAGUGCCGGGUCCAACACUUGUUCCAUGUAUUGAUGAGAUAUCAUGUGAUGAUGAUGGUAUCUAUCGAUUUUGGUUUGGAAAUGAGCAUGCCUGGCUACAUACACUUAAAAUAACUCAUUUAAUAAGAAAUUAUUGA